GAGCUAGAGAACACAACUACUUUCCUCUAAUAUGGAUGGUUUUGUCUAUAACCUUCCGGGCGCAAACCCUAAUAACCAAGCUCCGCUGGUAAACUUGUCUGCCACGUCAGACGAGUCGAGCCGGAGUGCAGAGGAUGAUGAGAAGAAACAGAGAAGGAAAGCAUCGAACCGCGAGUCAGCUCGAAGAUCGCGUAUGCGGAAAAGGCGACACAUGAACGAGCUUUGGUCCAUGCUUGUUAAUCUCAUCAACAAGAACAAAUGCCUGGUCGAUGAGCUAAGCCGAGCCAAUGAGGGCUACGAGAAUGUUGAUGAAGAGAACAAGAAACUUCGAGAAGAAAAUUCCAAGUUGAGGAAGAUGACUGGUGAGAUAGGUUUCUAAUGUAGAGUGCGGUCUCUUUUUGAUCGACCAAUACAAAAUAUUUCGUAACCAAACCUAUGAAAUAAUCAAAUGCUUUCUUUACUAAAGGUGACUAAUAAAUAUAUUUGGCAAAUUUCC